UGCUCUCCAGCGAGACAUCACCCUGGCGCCCCGACAUGCCUGCAUGGAGUCCACGACUCCUGGCUCCGACAAUGAGGACGAGACCGUGCCAGCCGAUCCUGAGAAAUGGGACAGAAGCGACGUGAUGCGGUGCGUGAGAUGGGUGGCUCGCACCUUCAGGGUGGCGGCGCCGCGGAGACACCUGCUGCCGGACACCGGCAAGGACCUUCUAGCGCUCACCGCGCAGCAGUGGACGGAGGUGUGUUCCGGGGAUGAGCAAGCAGGUCGGAUAUACGACGCAUACAUCCGACACGCUCACGCCAGCGCCACUGGUCUACCGCCCCCGCCGCCUUUACCAGAGCACCAAGCUUCUUCUAGCACUCCGUCUGAACAACAUGGGUAUGCGGCUCUGAGUGCACGCGCUGGAGGAGGACAGGUGCAGCUCUGGCAGUUCCUGCUGGAGGAGCUGGCUGCAGGAGCUCCUGGGAUCUGUUGGGAGGGUCCCCCUGGUGAUGGAGAGUUCCGCCUGUCGGAUCCGGAUGAGGUGGCGCGGCGCUGGGGCCGGCGCAAACAGAAACCCAACAUGAACUACGACAAACUAUCGCGAGCGCUGCGGUACUAUUAUGAUAAGAACAUCAUGAGCAAGGUACACGGGAAGCGCUACGCGUACAGGUUCAGUUGGGCGGGUCUGACCGCGGCGUGCCAGGCGCAGGCUCCGGACGCGCCCCCCUACUGGCACUACCUCCCGCCCCCCGGACACCCCCCGCAACAUGUCCACGGGAACAUCCACAACUCGCAGCACACCUAGCAGCAUCACUCGACUUUUGUUCAUCUCUAUUUGUAGUUGGACCGAGUUUUGUGUUACUCGCAAGUGAUUCACUACAGUUUACAACCAGAUUUAGCUAAAAUGUGUUUCGUUGCUAAUGCUUUGUUUUUGUAAGGCGAUGUGCACACGUACUGUACUGUGUAUUGGCAGCUAAUCUCUGCAGACAGCUAGCUAAACGAAAACUGGAAGCACGGGUGCUUUGUGUUCACUGGAUACACGUCAAGAACAUAUGAUUAAAUGGUUUCCCGAGAGUUAAAAUUUUUCGUUCAACGCAGAGGCUAAGUUUUAUCUCUAUUGAUAUCGGUUACGUGGUCGUAAUCAAUUUAAUUUUCCAUCCGAGAGCGCGUUCCCAUUGAAUCUCGUUGACAUUACUGUUUUCGCUAUGAUUAUAUUGGAAUAUCCGGAAGUCAAAGUCACUCCCGUAUUAUGAAUAAACUGAAAUCUACUCGAGAGUGGACGAGCGAAACCCAAAUAAUGUUACGAAUCCGUUAAUAAAUAGGCAUUAUCACUGUACAAAUUGACUUCAUUCCAUGUUUAGCGUUUUGGAUCUAUUUUUAUAUAUGUUGCAUGUUCAA